AUGACCGAUAUUAAAUCUUUUUUUCCUCAGCACCAACAACAACAGCAACAUCAUAACCACCACCAUAUAACUCUCGAAAAUCCAGAAGAUCAUCAUAUCUACCCACACUCCAUUCCAAGAUUAUUCAAUCCUUCUACAACUUCCUCCAACAACAACAACAAUAAUAACAACAAUAGUAAUAAUAACUAUGGAGGACUAGUACAAAUUGAAUCAACUGGAAAUGGAUCACUUCUCUCCCUAACACCAUCAUUCACAACAUCCGACUUUCAAAAAAAUACCAACAAUUUAAAUAUCAUCAACAAUAACAACAACAACAACAACAAUAGCAAAAAAGAUAAUUUCCUUCCAAGUAAUAUUGGUAAUGGAUAUCUUUUAUCAACACAUCAUCAUCCAAUCAACAACAGUAAUAAUACUACUAAUAACUUUCCAUUUUUCCCAGCAAAUCCAAAUAUUACAUUUCACCUGAGCGGAAGUGGAGGUGGUAAUUCCAACGGUCCAAAUCACAGUGGUCACAGUAGUUUGUUGAGAUCUAGCACCGAUCUAAGCAGCAGUAAUAGUAGCAUCGUCAAUAACCUAAAUAAUAUAUACAUAACACCGAGUAACAAUAACAAUAAUAACAAUAAUAACAACAGUAAUAAUAAUAAUACUACGACAACUUCCACAACCACUUCAACAAUUAAUGGAAAUUCCAAUUCACCACAAUCAUCAACAUCAUCAUCGAAUAAUAAUAAUAAUAAUAAUAACAAUGGCAACAUCAACAACAACAAUGAAAUUAAUAUGUUCAACUAUGAUAAUUACCUAACAAUGUUGACUCUCAGUUGCAUCAAAUGUCCUGAUGACAAGAGCUACGAGUUCAAAUGUAGUGAAUGUAACAAUGGAUCUACAUUCUUCUUUAAGCACUCGCCAAAGACUUGGAAGGAAAUGAUACACACUUCUCUCUUUAACUUGGAGCGUGAUAAGAACUAUCGUUUCUCGCACUACAGAGAGGUGAUCUCCUACAUCCGCAAACACCCGCAAUUCCUGCUAUCGGACCGCGAGAAAGAGACUGGCAAAAUGAAGAAUGUUAUCACAGCUACAUUAUCAUACAACCGUAAGCUAUUCGUUUCGUUUGCUCGUGACUCUGGAAUGUGGUCCAACUGGCGACCCGGCGACAAAGUCUACGAAGACGACAGAGGUUUACUCAUCCUCUUGGAAAAUACAUUCGAAGCAGAGAUAAAGAGUAAAGAAACCUAUUAUUUCAAAUUGGAAUGUAAAGAAUGUACUAAAUUGGUUUCAUUCGAAUUGUCUGAAUUAUGUGGUUCAUCUGUUAUUCCUGGUCCAGCAGAUAAUAGAUUUGAAUUUACAUGUGAUCUAUGUUCAAACAAUAAACGUCCAACACUUUCUCACCAAUCCAAGUCGUGGAAAGAGGUUGCUCAUACCGCACUGUACAAUUUGGAGCGUGAGAAGAAAUACAGAUUCUCUCAUCAAAUUGAAAUUGCAACCUAUGUUAAAGAGCAUCCAGAAUCAUUUGCAUUUAAUAGAGAAAUUGAUAAUAUUAAGAAUAGAUUGAGCACUGUAUUAUCAAGAUAUAAGAAAUCAUUCACAUCCAUUGGAAGAUACACUGGAAUGUGGUCAAAUUGGAGAGAUGGCGACGAGAAUAUGAAGGAAUUGGAAUGUGAAGAUGAGGAAUCUGAUGAGGAAGUCGGAGCUGCUGCAGGAAAGUCCACUGAAAAGAAGAAUUCCAAAGCAAUUUCCUCACCCUCUGCUUCUGGAAAGAAGAGAUCAGCAGCAUCCAAUGGUGGUGAAGCAUCGAUCUCUGAAUUCACUAUUCAGAAAUCACCUUCUUCCACCCCUCUUGUUAAACCACGUCAAAUUCCAUCGACUCCAACUUGCACAUCAUCUUCCUCCUCACCCAACAACUUUAUCAUGUCACCCAUCAUUGAAUCACCAUACUUUAACAGCAGUAACAACAAUGGAAAUACCAACAAUAACAAUAACAAUCCAAGUUUGAAUUCAAUCUCAAACAAUUCACCAAAGUUAAGUCCAGAUAGCUCAUCUACUACACCUCUACUUAAUAACUCACCCAACUUUUUCUAUCCAUCACCUAAUUUCCAUCCAAACAACUCAACCUCUAAUCUAUCUUCCUCUAACCACCCAGUUAUGUACCCAUCCAAUCUAUUUGGUAACUCUUUAAAUUCUUUGUCUUCAUCGUCGUCUUCGUCAUCAUCUUCAUCCUACAAGAAAUCUGAAGGAAUGGAGUGUGCCUAUUGCAAAAAGACAAAGAACUCAUUGUUUAAAUGUUCGAUGCCCUACUGUCCAAAAUCAUUCUGCCAGGACUGUCUCAUCGAAUACCACCCACAACUCCAACCCAAACCUAAUCAUCUCAAUGAAUGGUGUUGUCCAACCUGUAUCACCAGCAACACUGGAAAUUCAAUGCAAUUCCCACACACCGCUGCCUACAGUCACCAAAUCCUUCCAUCUCCAAACACCAACGCAACCAACGCCAACAGCCAAACCAACGCCAAUAACUUUAUACUUCUUCACAACACCAAUACUCACCAACAUCCACCUCCACCACUUAAUCACUCACUCUCAUUCCCAAGUACCAAUUCCUUUGUAAUUGCAUCUUCACCAACAAACGCCAAAGGACAACAAUCUUCCAACCACAACAACAACAACAGCAACAACAACAACUAUAGCAACAAGUCAACUACUCCCAAACGUAGCAGCUCUGUCAAUGACAUGAGAGUCAACGGUAGCAAUAGUAACCAUGACAUCAGCCUUCAAAAGUCGAUACUAUUCCCAUUGGACCAGACUUUGUAUGCAUCACAAGCUCCAAAAGACAAACGAUACAAAACAUCGUUUGACCACCAACACAGUCACAGUCACAGUCACAGCCACAACCACCUCAAUCCACUUGGAAGUAGUGGAGGUGCCCCACCCGAAGAAGAACUCAUUUUCUUCAAUUCUCAACGAGCCACUGGAAAUUCACCAAAUGGCCACAUGUCAAGCGGAUUUCCACCAACACCAAAUCACGCUUUUCAUCCAAUAGACUUUAACAGUAACAACAGUAACAACAACAACAACAACCAAUCAAACUUUUAUAACUCAUCAAUUCCCUCGAUUCAAUUCCCAACAUUGAAUCACCAUACAUUCCCACCACCACACGCACAUUCACAAUCGCUUCCAGCUAUUCCUCAGCUCUCUGCUGACAACCACAACUCAUUCACUCACGUUCUCAAUCCAUUCCACAACUCACCACUAUCAAAGUCGUUCUCUCCUGAAACUAAAAUCACCGAUCAUCACAAUAUCUAUACAUUAUUGGAAACAACAAAGUAUAUGGCUCCAUAG